AUGUCGGGGUUAGAAGAGGAGCAUGACAUGAAGCAAGUGUCUGAUGACACUCGGAUCAUGCGGGGUGCGUCGCUGUUCGACGAGUUGGCCUUGCAGAUGAAGGAAGGGGAAGACGAAAGUGGGGAAGAUCAGCGAUCAGGCCAGAGGUUUGAGCGAGGCCCCUCGCUAUUUGAAGACCUCCGGAAGAUGCUGAACAAAGAAAGUGAGGUUGAGGAGGACGAGGCGAGCAAGGCGGCAGACCUCACCCUCGAAGGCGAUCGAAGGAGAGAAGCAGCUGUAUUCUCCGGCAUCGAACUUGGGAGCUACUUUGAACACGAAGAGCUGGGCGGCUCGAGCAUGAGAAAGAAGAAGUCAGCAAGAGACAAUGAGCGUGAGGAAGAAGAGAUCGAGAGCGUGAUUCGCACUCGCGCCUCAGUGUCAAAGCUUGCCUACUCCACCAAUAGCUCGCUCCUCGUGUGGACAGGGACUUGGAAUGUGGCGAAUGUCAGCCCUCCGGCAUCUGUUGUGUCCUGGUUGAGAAGCAGCUCUGAGAGCAGCAGGCGAGGCGAGGAGGAUGGCAGCUGGGUGUUGGUGCAAGGAGAGGAGAAGAGCUCGAGCAACAAGGAGGAGGAGAGUGUGUCGCCUGACUUGUACGUGAUCGCUCUGCAGGAGAUAGACAACUCAGUUGGGGCGACUUUGAUGUUGGAGAGCAAGCGAGGACCGCAAUGGGAGGCUGUUCUUCGCCGCAGCCUCGCACAGCUGUAUCCCUCGGAGGGGGGCAGCAGCAAGUAUGUUCCUGUUUGCCAUCGCCAGCUGGGAGGCGUGUUGCUCUCCAUCUUCGCGCAGAGAAACGUGGCAGAAGAGAUGCGAGAGCUGAGCUUCGCCUGCGUCUCCGUCGGAGUCCUCGGAGUGAUGGGAAACAAGGGGGCGAUCGGGGCUCGCUUCCGCCUCAAGGACGAAACCUUCUGCUUCAUCGGGGCUCACCUGGCAGCGGGGGAGAGCCCAGCAGGGUACGAGAGGAGGUGCCAAGACAUCAGCGAGAUCAACCACAAGAUGCGGUUCAGCCAGUGCUUCCUCAAGGGCGUGGACCGCAAGAACACCGCCAUCCGUCAGUUCGCUCCUCCUCUCAGCAUCCUGCAGCAUGAUAAGAUCGUCUGGAUGGGUGACCUGAACUUCCGCCUCAGAAUCCCCAAGGCCGCGGGCCGCGUGAUGGUGGCGAAGGCGAAGGAGGAGAGGGAGGAGCUGAAGAGACUUUGGCGAUCGGACGAGCUUUACAGGGCCAUGGCAGCUGGCGCAGUGUUGCGAGGCUUCGACGAGGGAGCGUUAAGUUUCCUCCCCACCUACAAGUACGACAUCGACUCCGACGAAUUUGACUCGUCCAACAAGGCCAGGACUCCCGCCUGGACUGAUCGCAUCCUAUGGAAGGGCUCGAGGGUGACGCUCCUCUCCUACACUUCCUCGCAAGCGAUUCGACUGUCGGACCACAGGCCGGUCUCAGCGCUGAUCUCCUUUGGCCUCGAGGAGGCAGAGAGCGGGCAUUCGUCGGUCAGCUCGUACAAGCUGAGGGAGGUGCUGGUGAACGAGCUCGUGCACUGGGGGGAGGACUCUUUACACGCCGUAAGCGGUGCGGUUCGCUCCAGCGCUGACUUCUCGGCCGAAGCCGUCGGGACUCUCUUCUCAAGCGUCGGCUUGUCUACGCUGGGAGGCGCUCUGGGACUGGCUGGGGUGACUUCCGAGGCACACGGGGAGGGGGCGAGGGCUAUCCAGCUUCCCAAGUUCCCCGAGGCUGUGGUGACCGUCGAGAACUACCGCGAGCUCGCAAGCAGCCGGCUAGACGCGGUCCUGGACGCCGAGCAGCUGCCAUGGGUGGAGCUGACUCGAAGGCAUGAGGUCAAGAUCGAGACUCUGGCGGGAGUGGCGGAAGACAAGGUGCUCUUGCGAGGAACGACCCGAGUGGUUGGGGAUUUGCAGAGCGUUCAGGAGGUGCUGUGGGACACGUCGCGACGGGUGGAGUGGGACAGGACGAUGGUGGAGGGGAGCACGCUCUUCAAAUACGAUGACCAUCACGUGGUGCUGCGGUUGGCGAGGUCUGUUUCCAGCGCAGGCGCAGAGAGGGAGGCUCGCUCCCUCGUGCCGGAGGUUGACUUGAGUGCGCUCAUGAGCAGACAUGCGCUCCCUCCUCUGCCUGGCAGAGAUGCCGGCGGAGAGCGCGAGGUCGUCCUCCUCCUCCAGUCCAUCCGUCACAGGCUGGUGCCAGAGAGCUCGCGCUACUUGCGGGCCGACGUUGACUGGGAGGCGUACGUGCUGAGCGAGCAGGAAGGAGCAGAGACACAAGUGACACAAGUGACGAUAUACCUCAACAUGUUUCUCAACGGCAUUCGCGGUCAGGGGCUGCAGGUCCUGGGGGUAGAGCUCGCCUCCUCCCUCUCUAACCUGCAGCUCUGCCUGCGAGAGUGA